CUGAGAGAAGCGGCGGGGCAAGCCGGGGGCUGUAGUGAACAGCGCAGCCGAACGGGGAUUGCCGGCUUGCCGCGAGCAGACGAGGCCCGGGCCCGACGGUCUCCGAGAUGUCACGAUGGCUGUGGCCAUGGUCGAACUGUGUGAAAGAGCGGGUCUGCCGCUACUUGCUGCACCACUACUUGGGUCACUUCUUCCAGGAGCACCUCAGCCUGGACCAGCUCAGCCUCGAUUUGUACAAGGGCAGCGUUGCCCUGCGGGACAUCCACCUGGAGAUCUGGUCUGUGAACGAGGUGCUGGAGUCCAUAGAAUCACCACUGGAGCUGGUGGAAGGCUUCGUGGGCUCCAUUGAGGUGGCCGUGCCCUGGGCUGCGCUGCUCACCGACCACUGCACCGUGCAUGUAUCAGGCCUCCAGCUCAUCCUGCAGCCCCGCCAGGGCCCAGGGCCAGGGCCUGCCGACUCACAGAGCUGGGCCUCAUGCAUGACCACGAGCCUGCAGCUGGCUCAGGAGUGCCUGCGGGACGGGCUGCCCGAGCCCUCUGAGCCACCACAGCCCUUGGAGGGACUGGAGAUGUUUGCCCAGACCAUCGAGACUGUGCUACGAAGGAUCAAGGUGACCUUCCUAGACACUGUCGUGAGGGUGGAGCACUCACCAGAUGGUGGGGAGCGUGGUGUGGCGGUGGAAGUCCACGUGCAGAGGCUAGAGUACUGUGACGAGGCAGUGCGGGACCCAAGCCAGGCCCCUCCAGUGGAUGUGCACCAGCCCCCUGCCUUCCUGCACAAGCUGCUGCAGCUAGCGGGGCUCCGCCUGCACUUCGAGGAACUCCCCACACAGGAACAACCCCCAGAGCCACCCUUGCAGAUUGGCAGCUGCUCAGGGUACAUGGAGCUGAUGGUGAAACUGAAGCAGAAUGAGGCCUUCCCAGGCCCCAAGCUGGAGGUAGCUGGGCAGCUGGGCUCCCUGCACCUGCUCCUGACCCCACGGCAGCUCCAGCAGCUCCAGGAACUGCUCAGCGCCAUGCGCCUGGCAGACCCCCAGGGCCUGGUCGACAAGCUGAACAAGAGCCGCCCACUAGGUGCUGAAGACCUGUGGCUGAUCGAGCAGGACCUGAACCAGCAGCUGCAGGCAGGGGCUGUGGCUGAGCCUCUCAGCCCAGACCCCCUUACCAACCCUCUUGUCAACCUGGACAGUGCCGACCUCUUCUUCUCCAUGGCUGGCCUCACGAGCAGUGUGGCCUCCGCCCUCUCUGAGCUGUCCCUCUCCAACGUGGACCUGGGCUCCUCUGUGCACAGUGACGUGGCCCCCCGCCGGCCGUCUGCCCAGGCCCCCCCAGCCGGCAGGACAGCCCCUACGCCCCUCCCGGACACCCUGCGUCCUGACUCGCUGCUGAAGAUGACCUUGGGGGGCGUGACCCUGACCUUGCUUCAGACUUCUGCCCCACCUCCUGGACCACCUGACCUCACCACCCACUUUUUUACGGAGUUUGAUGCCACCAAGGAGGGGCCCUUCGGUUCCCGAGACUUCCACCAUCUGCGGCCACGCUUCCAGAGGGCCUGCCCCUGCAGCCAUGUCCGGCUAACGGGCGCAGCCGUGCAGCUGUCCUGGGAGCUGCGAACAGGCAGGGGCCGGCGGACCUCCAGCACAGAAGUGCACUUCGGGCAGCUUGAAGUCCUAGAAUGUCUGUGGCCCAGGGGCGCUCCCCAGCCUGAGUACACAGAGAUCCUGAGCUUCCCCAGCAGCCUGGGCUCCCAGGCCUCAGCUCGGCCCUGUGCCCACCUGCGCCACACGCAGACCCUGCGCCGUGUGUCCAAGAGCCGACCCCGUUGCCCAGCUGCCUGCCACUGUCACUCAGAACUGGCCCUGGACCUGGCCGACUUCCAGGCGGAUGUGGAGCUAGGGGCCCUGGACCGGCUUGCUGCCCUGCUGCACCUGGCCACCGUACCCCCCCCUGAACUACCUGCCGGCCUGCUGACAGAGACCCCACCAGCAACUGAGCAGCAGACAGUGGUGCGGCUCUCGGCGCCCCGGGCCACCCUGCAGCUGCGCUUCCCCAUUGCUGACCUGCGGCCUGAGCGGGACCCCUGGGCGGGCCAGGCUGUGCGGGCUGAGCAUCUGCUGCUGGAGCUGAGUGAGCCCCGGUUCCAGUCGCAGCUGAGCAGUGGGCCUGGUCCCCCAGCCCCCACCCGCUUGGAACUUACCUGUUCUGAUCUACAUGGCUCCUACGAAGAUGGAGAGAAGCCACCAGUCGCCUGCCUACGGGUUUCCAAAGCCCUGGAUCCCAAGAGCCCUGGGCACAAAUACUUUCUGCCCCAGGUAGUGGUGACCCUGAACCCCCAGCUCAGCAGCACACAGUGGGAGGUGGCCCCAGAGAAGGGAGAGGAGCUGGAGAUGUCGGCUGAGAGUCCAUGCGAGCUGCAGGAGCCCGAGCCCUCACCCUUCUCCUCCAAGAGGACCAUGUACGAGACAGAGGAGAUGGUGAUUCCUGGAGACCCUGAGGAGAUGAGGGCCUUCCAGGGCCGGGCCCUGGCCCUGUCACGGUGCAGCCUGGAAGUGCUCCUGCCCAGCACGCAUGUCUUUCUGCCCAGCAAGGAGGUCUACGAGAGCCUCUACAACAGGAUCAACAAUGACCUGCUCAUGUGGGAGCCUGCAGACCUGCUGCCCCCCCCCGCCCCCACAGCUCACCCCCCGAGCUUCCAGGGCCACUCAGGCUUCUGGCAGGACAACUUCAAGAUGUGCAAGUCGGCCUUCAAGCUGGGUAGGAGGGGCCCCCUGGCAGGGCCCCCGGCGUAUCCCAGAGCGGGCAGGGUCGGGGUAGCCCUCCCAGGCCUCCUUCCCACUCGGCUUCUUGGUCUCACCCCAGACUCAGACUCGGACGACGAGGAUGCCCACUUCUUCUCAGUAGGGGCAUCGGGCACCCCCCAACCCCGUGCCCCCAAGCCCCCAGGCUCUCAGUCCCAGAGUACCUUCUCUACACUGGUGACAGUGCUGAAGGGUCGGAUCACAGCUCUCUGUGAGACCAAGGAUGAGGGUGGGAAGCGGCUAGAGGCCGUGCAUGGGGAGCUGGUGCUGGACAUAGAGCAAGGCACCAUCUUCAGCGUCUCCCAGUACCGAGGCCAGCCAGGACUUGGCUACUUCUGCCUGGAAGCUGAAAAGGCAGCGCUCUUCCACCGAGCGGUGGUGGAUGACUGCCUACUGCCCAGCCGCCUGGAGCUGCCCAGCUUUGCUCCUCCAGCCCAGCUAUCCCCAACCAUCUACCCAUCGGAGGAAAGAGUGACUGAAUGGGGAGCCUCAGGCCACAAGGGCCAAGGCGGGGGCCCCCACAUGCUGUCCACAGCUGUUCGUAUCCACCUGGACCCCCACAAGAAUGUCAAGGAGUUCCUGGUGACACUGCGGCUGCAGAGAGCCACCUUGCGCCACUACAUGGCCCUGCCAGAACAGAGCUGGCACUCCCAGUUGUUGGAGUUCUUGGAUGUGCUGGAUGACCCGGUGCUGGGCUAUCUGCCCCCUGCCGUCAUUACGGUCCUACACACACACCUGUUCUCCUGUGCCGUGGAUUACAGGCCCCUCUACCUCCCUGUACGUGUCCUCCUCACCGCUGAGACCUUCACCCUCUCCAGCAACAUCAUCAUGGACACCUCCACCUUCCUGCUGAGGUUCAUCCUCGACGACUCGGCCUUAUACCUGUCCGACAAGUGUGAGGUGGAGACCCCAGAUCUGCGGCGAGAUUAUGUCUGCGUCUUGGACGUCGACCUCUUGGAGCUGGUGAUCAAAACCUGGAAGGGGAACACCGCGGGCAAACUGAGCCAGCCGCUGUUCGAGCUGCGCUGCUCCAACAACGUGGUGCAUGUGCACAGCUGUGCCGACUCCUGCGCCCUGCUGGUCAACCUGCUCCAGUACGUAAUGAGUGAAGGUGACCUGCACCCCCCUCCCCGGCCCCCCAGCCCCACGGAGAUCGCCGGCCAGAAGCUGUCCGAGAGCCCUGCCUCCCUGCCCUCGGGUCCCCCUGUGGAGGCAGCGCUCAUCAACCAGCGGGACUUGGCCGACGCCCUCCUGGACACGGAGCGCAGCCUGCGGGAGCUGGCCCAGCCUUCAGGUGGCCCCCCCACUCAGGCCUCUCCAGUGUCGGUCUACCUGUUCCCAGGUGAACGGAGUGGGGCCCAGCCCCUGUCACCUCCUGUGGUAGCCCCCACGGGCAGCCUGGGGUCCCCCUCAGAGGCCAAGGAAGAUGAAAAGGAAGAGGAGGGGGAUGGAGACACUCUGGACAGUGAUGAGUUCUGCAUCCUCGACGCUCCUGGCCUAGGAGUCCCGCCUCGCGAUGGGGAGCCCGUGGUGACGCAGCUGCAUCCGGGCCCCAUCAUCGUGCAGGACGGGCACUUCUCACGGCCGCUGGGCAGCACGGACCUGCUGCGGGCGCCCGCCCACUUCCCAGUGCCCAGCAGCCGUGUGGUGCUGCGUGAGGUCUCCUUCGUCUGGCACCUCUAUGGGGGUCGAGACUUUGGCCCCCACCCUGGCCACAGGGCAAGAGUUGGCCUCAUGGGCCCCAGGGGCUCCCCUUCCCGAUGCUUCGGCCCCAACCGACCCCAGAACUCCUGGCGUACGCAGGGGGGCAGUGGGAGGCAGCACCACGUCCUCAUGGAGAUCCAGCUCAGCAAGGUAAGCUUCCAGCACGAGGUGUACCCAGCAGAGCCAGCCGCGGCCCCCACGGGCGCUGGCCGGGAGCUGGAGGAGCAGCCGCUCUCCCGCCAGGUGUUCAUUGUGCAGGAGCUGGAGGUCCGCGACCGGCUGGCCUCCUCCCAGAUCAACAAGUUCCUGUACCUGCACACGAGUGAGCGGAUGCCGCGGCGCGCCCACGCCAACAUGCUCACCAUCAAAGCGUUGCACGUGGCCCCCACGACCAGCCUGGGCGGACCCGAGUGCUGCCUCCGAGUCUCCCUCAUGCCCCUGCGGCUUAACGUGGACCAGGAUGCCCUGCUCUUCCUCAAGGACUUCUUCACCAGCCUAGUGGCUGGCAUCACCCCCGUGGUCCCGGCGGAGAGCUCCACGGAGGCUCGCCCUGAGACCCGAGCAAACGCCAGCAGCCCCUGGGAAGGGCAGCCUGAUGGUGUAGAGACCACCAGCCCCCAGGAGGCUCCAGGCAGUGGCCACAGCUCCUCUUCGGAGCAGCAGCCCAUCUACUUCAGGGAGUUCCGCUUCACAUCCGAAGUGCCCAUCUGGUUGGACUACCAUGGCAAGCACGUCUCCAUGGACCAGGUGGGCACUUUUGCUGGCCUCCUCAUCGGCCUGGCCCAGCUCAACUGCUCCGAGCUAAAGCUAAAGCGGCUCUGCUGCCGGCAUGGGCUCCUGGGCGUGGACAAGGUGCUGGGCUAUGCUCUCAAUGAGUGGCUGCAGGAUAUCCGCAAGAACCAGCUGCCCGGCCUGCUGGGGGGCGUGGGCCCCAUGCACUCGGUGGUCCAGCUCUUCCAAGGGUUCCGGGACCUACUGUGGCUGCCCAUCGAGCAGUACAGGAAAGAUGGGCGCCUCAUGCGGGGGCUUCAGCGGGGGGCCGCCUCCUUCGGCUCGUCCACGGCCUCUGCUGCCCUAGAACUCAGCAACCGACUGGUGCAGGCCAUCCAGGCCACAGCAGAGACCGUGUAUGAUAUCCUGUCCCCGGCGGCGCCCAUCCCCCGCUCCCUGCAGGACAAGCGCCCCACACGGAGGCGGAAGGGCCAGCAGCCCGCAGACCUCCGGGAAGGUGUGGCCAAGGCCUACGACACGGUUCGAGAGGGCAUCCUGGACACAGCCCAGACCAUCUGCGAUGUGGCGUCUCGGGGCCAUGAGCAGAAGGGGCUGACGGGCGCUGUGGGGGGGGUGAUCCGCCAGCUGCCCCCCACGGUGGUGAAGCCUCUCAUUCUGGCCACAGAGGCCACGUCCAGUUUGCUGGGGGGGAUGCGAAACCAGAUACUCCCCGAUGCCCACAAGGACCACGCUCUCAAGUGGCGCGCAGACGAGGCCCAGGACUGAUCGCCAGGAACCAAAGACGCUGCUGCCCACCACACCCAGCUCACCCCGCUCCUGCUGAGAGCUUUGGCCCACAGGCAGGCAGGCCGGGCCCUCCAGGGAAGUUCAGGAAGGACCCUGCCCGGCCCACCUGCUGCCAGGCUUCAGAGGCAGGGCCUCCCUGCCUGGGGCCUCGGCCCCAUCUCUGCACUUUUCUUCUGGGGAGAAAAGACACUGCCUCCACCACUGCCUGGGCCCACACUGCUGUCUUGUCCCAGGCCAGAGGUUCUUGUACCCAACCCCACUCAGCCAAGUGUCUUUCUGUGUCUGGAGGGAGCUAGUGGGACAGACCCCGUGUGGUUCAGUGUAUUAUUUUUAAGCUCCUUGAGCGUGUGGGUCAGUGUCUGCAUGAAGUGGAAUAAACUGCCCACCGCCA